AUGUCCCGAAGAACUUCUAUGAUAUUGAAGCUUGCCAAAAAAAAAUUACAAGUUCAUAACAUAGAAAGUAACAAAGAUACUUGUGAUUCUAUACUUGAGGAAACUGGCGAUUUAAAAGAACAGUCUCCAGAGCCAAGUACAUUAUCUGCAGUUCACGACGUGCUCGCAGUGAGUUGCAGAAAUGUUCCUAUAUCGAGUUUGGAGACUGAAGAGAAAGAAAAUACCAAGCCUAGUUCCUCCAGUAGUUUAAGUCCUUCUAGUAGUUUUAAUUUAAGAAAACAUACCACAGUCGAAAAAUCUUGCCCCAAAGUCGAAAAAUCUCAACCCAACCCAGAAGAACAGGUCGUGGUAGCAGAAUUAUGUGUAGAAGCAGCUAAAGGAGGAGGCAUAACUGUUGAUAAUUGCAAUAUCUUAAAAGAUAAACUCCAAGACCCCAGUAACUCUUUAGAAAACGGGUUUCUACAACAAAAUUUAUCUGCAAAUCAGGAGUUAAUCGAAGACAUAAUAUUAACUGAAAAUGCAGUAACAGACUACAACAACAAAGAUGAAUGUCAAGAAAAGGGGAAUACGAGUCUUAACAAAACACAAGAAGGCAAGCAGCGAAUUAGAUCCAGUUCCUCCAGUAGUUCCAAUUCUUCUUGCAGUUCGAGUUCUUCUGAGCCAUUUGGUUCUGGAAAGUCAGAAAAUGAUUCCGAUUUCAAUGUCGACUCAGAUCAGUUAAGCACCUCUGAUUCUGAUAUCGAAAAUGAUCCUACCCCACUUCAUGCUAAAAAUAAAAUUCCCGAAAAAUCGACAAGCCCACCAAAUAAUAAUGAAGACGACUUACCAAAGAAGAGAUGAAAAAAAAAGAAAAUUUAACGAGCCAAAUUGGAAAAAAAAUGUAAAUAAGCGUCAACGGAAUAGCGGCAAAAGCUAUAAAUCAAUUCAAAUUAAAAAACAAGAUAGAAUUAAGAAAAAAAUCGAAGUUAUAAGAGAUGCUAGAAGAAUAUUACCUCCGUGUUCUGACAAAUGUAGGUUCAAAUGCAAAGAAAAAAUUGGCGAAGAACGUCGUCAAAUAAUUUUCGAGGAAUACUGGAGCCUACAAGAUUUACAGAGACACAGAGAUUUUAUUGCCUCCUCAAUGAUCCCCAUCCCCAAGUCCAAAUUUAGUGGUGCCAUCCGAUGCCAAAACAAUGCAUUUUACUUUACACUAAAUGGCAUAAAAUAUCGGGUAUGCAAAACUUUUUUCAUGGCUACAUUGGGAAUAAUAACAAGAACGGUAAGAACAGUAAUGCAAAAACAGAACCAAAAACAAACUCACGGCAUUAUUGAAAAGGAAGGAAGAGGCAAGCAUAAAAAUCAUAAAACUAGAGAUCAAGGUAUUUUGGAAGGCGUUCGACAUCAUAUUAACUCGAUUCCCCGAAUGGAGAGUCACUAUUGUAAGGCCCCGAACUCAGAAAGAGUAUAUCGAAGGCACAAAAAGUAUAACCGAUCUACACAGGGAUUACACAGAUUUAUGUAAAGAAAGGCAAGUUAAGGCAGCUUCAUAUCGUACAUACUAUGAUAUAUUUACUAAAGAAUUCAACAUUGAGUUUUUCUUUGCAAAGAAAGAUCAAUGUGAUCUGUGUUUAGAAUUCCAAAAUACUCCUGCAGAAGGAAAAGACUUGAUAAGAAAUAGUUAUGAGACGCAUUUAUUAGAGAAGGAUCUGUGCAGAAAAGAGAGAGAACAGGACAAAGAGAGCGAAAGAAUGAUUGUAACCUACGAUUUACAGGCAACAUUACCAUGCCCGAUUGGCAACGCUUCCUCAUUUUAUUAUAUUUCCAAAAUAAAUAUGUAUAAUUUAACUUUUAUAAGCUCAAGUGGAGAAGUAUCCUGUUAUGUAUGGCAUGAGGGUGAAGGAAAGCGGGGUGCUAACGAAAUAGGUUCUUGUGUAUGGAAGUAUCUAAAUGAAGUCAACAAGAAAGCUAUAGAAGAUGACAAAGUUAUAGAUGUUAUAUUUUAUACCGACAAGUACUCUGGACAAAACAAAAAUAGAUUUUUGUUUGCGUUGUAUUUAUUUGCAGUUAAUAAAUUAAGCAACAUUGGAACUAUCACUCAUAAAUAUUUAAUAAGAGGCCACACCCAGAAUGACGCCGACGUGUUGGAAUACAAUGACGAGUUGGAAUACACUAUAGUAGAUGAUAAACAAGUUUCGUUUACAUGAAUUCAACUUAGUACUUUCAUUAACUCAAAUUGAAAUAAAAAAACGUCAUUUUUUUCAGCAAAGACUGUCACAUUUAACACAGACUAAAAAACAUAUCAUCAAAAAAUAUUCUCCACAAGGGUCUUUAAUAAUCCCAAAAAAAAUUCAAACAUAUUUUUCAGAAAGCAGCGUAGUGCUAUGAAAUAAAUAUUGGAUAUUUUUAAACGCCUCUACUGAAAAAUAGCAAUUUUCGAGUUGUGACGGUCUUCUUGGAAGGUAGCGAUAUACCCAUGUAAUUUUAUAUAAAUAUGUUUAAGGAUAUUAUGUUGACAUGUUCAUAGGAGAUAUUUUAAAGCUUUUUUUUUACCUAUUUUUUUACAUUAAAUUUUAACUAUCAAUACUUAUGCCUACUUAAUAUAUUGAAGAUACCUCAGUCUUUUUAAUCUUUCAACAUUAGACCUUUUUUUAUUUCUCUGUGUGCUUCUGGUCGAUUGCUACAAGAAUUGAAAAUCUUCACUCUACCUUUAAGAAGAUCCUUCGUCUUAAUACUGCAGCCUUCUUGGAGCAAAAUUUUGAUCUAUAUUUGUGAUAUAUAGUAAACUAAGUAAACCAUGCAGUCAACAAACAAUGUACUCAGUAAACCAUAGCCCUGUCAAUAUUUGGUAGCUUUAUUGUAGUA